CAAAAUAGAGUAUUAUUAUUAUUACCAAGAGUCGGUUUCGUCGAGAGAGAUCGUCCAAGGGCAAGCAAAGAAAAGAAGAGAAGAGAAAAGAAAAGAAAAUACAAAGAAAGAUUCCAAUUUAUUUUCUUAUUUGAGCCCAUUUGAGUUGUUGACACCAUUUCAGGAAGGGAUCGAGUUAUAUUAAGCAAAUAGCUGUAAACGCUUUCUCUGAAUAGCUGCAGAUAUAUAUAGAUAGAUUAUAGAAAGAGAAAGGAGAAGGCUUUUGGAGAAGAAAGAUUUCUGGGAAGAUUUUAUUUAUAGGUAUUUUUAUUUACAGGAGAGAAAGAGGGAGAGAAAAAUGGAGGGAGGGAGAGAGGUGAAGCUGGAUUAUUCAAGAGAGGGAAGUGAUAUAGAGAUAGAUCAUGCGUCAUCUGGAGGAAGCACAGAGGCUAAGGAAUUCAAUUCAAUGAGAGAGCCACUUCUUCUCAGGAACAGGAAAAAUACUACCUCCCAGAUUGCAAUAGUUGGUGCCAAUGCUUGCCCCAUUGAGAGUCUUGAUUAUGAGAUUUUGGAGAAUGAACUUUUUAAACAGGACUGGAGGACUAGCAAGAAGGUUCAGAUAUAUCAAUAUGUUUUUCUCAAGUGGACAUUUGCCCUCCUUAUUGGGUUAGGUACAGGACUUGUUGGCUUAUUCAAUAACCUUGCUGUUGAGAACAUAGCUGGUUUCAAAUUUCUGUUGACUAGCAGUCUCAUGCUUGAGAAAAAUUAUUAUCUUGCAUUUGCUGCAUAUGCUGGUUGUAACAUGAUUCUGGCCAUUGCUGCUGCUGUCCUCUGUGCUUAUGUUGCUCCUGCAGCAGCAGGGUCAGGCAUUCCAGAGGUUAAAGCAUAUCUGAAUGGUGUAGAUGCCCCAUCUAUUCUUGCUCCUACUACUCUUUUUGUUAAGAUUUUUGGAUCCAUUUUUGGAGUUAGUGCUGGAUUUGUUGUUGGUAAGGAAGGACCUAUGGUCCACACUGGUGCUUGCAUUGCCUCCUUACUUGGACAGGGUGGUUCUCGCAAGUACCAUUUAACAUGGAAGUGGCUGAGAUAUUUCAAAAAUGAUCGGGACCGAAGAGACUUGGUCACUUGUGGUGCUGCUGCUGGUGUGGCAGCUGCUUUCCGUGCUCCUGUUGGUGGUGUCCUAUUUGCCCUUGAAGAAGCUGUUUCAUGGUGGAGAAGUGCUCUGCUUUGGAGAACUUUCUUUACAACAGCUGUUGUAGCAGUGGUGUUGAGAGGCUUCAUAGGGUUUUGCCGUACUGGAAAAUGUGGGCUAUUUGGGGAAGGAGGUCUGAUCAUGUUUGAUGUAAGUUCAACAAAAGCCACUUACGACACACUUGAUCUUCUGGCAGUUAUAUUCCUCGGAGUUGUGGGAGGAAUUUUUGGAAGCCUCUACAAUUACUGUAUUGACAAAGUCGUCCGCACUUAUAGCAUCAUCAAUGAGAGGGGUCCUUCAUUCAAGAUUCUGCUCGUGAUCAUCAUUUCCCUUUUGACCUCAUGUUGCUCCUAUGGCCUCCCAUGGCUCGCACCAUGCAUUCCCUGUCCUGCUGACCUGUCAGAGCUAUGCCCCACUGAAGGUCGUUCUGGAAACUAUAAAAAUUUCCAGUGUCCACCAAACUCUUACAAUGACCUUGCUUCCCUCUUUUUCAACACCAAUGAUGAUGCUAUACGCAAUUUGUUAACACCUGGCACUGAAAAGAGAUUUAAGCUCCCCACCCUUCUGGUUUUCUUUUUUGCUACUUACGGCCUUGGCAUAAUUACUUAUGGCAUUGCUAUUCCUUCUGGACUUUUCAUCCCUGUCAUUCUUGCUGGGGCCUCCUAUGGUCGCCUUGUUGGAAACCUGCUUGUUCCCCUCUCUAGUCUUGAUGUUAGUCUGUUUGCCCUCCUUGGAGCUGCCUCUUUCCUCGGGGGGACCAUGAGGAUGACGGUUUCUCUCUGUGUCAUACUUCUUGAACUCACUAAUGAUCUAUUAAUGCUUCCUUUGAUGAUGCUUGUUCUCCUCGUUUCAAAAACUGUAGCAGACAGUUUCAACAAGGGAGUUUAUGAUCAAAUAGUGAAGCUGAAAGGAUUACCUUACAUGGAAGCUCAUGCCGAACCAUACAUGAGAAAUUUAGUUGCAAGUGAUGUAGUAUCUGGCCCGUUAAUUGCAUUUUCUGGGGUAGAAAAAGUAGGGAAUAUAUUACAUACUUUGAAAAUGACAGGCCAUAACGGAUUCCCUGUGAUUGAUGAGCCGCCUUACACAGAUGCUGCAGAGCUGUGUGGACUUGUUCUAAGGUCUCAUCUGCUUGUGUUGCUUAAAGAAAAGACGUUUACCAAGGGGAGGAUGAUGAGGAGAUCAGGCAUUUUGAGCAUGUUUAAAGCACAUGAUUUUGCCAAGGCAGGUUCAGGCAAGGGGGUCAAGCUUGAGGAUCUCAACAUUUCAGAGGAGGAGAUGGAGAUGUAUGUGGAUCUCCAUCCCAUUUCGAAUACAUCUCCAUACACUGUGAUUGAAACCAUGUCUCUAGCUAAAGCUGCUGUGCUCUUCCGUGAGCUUGGCCUCAGACACCUGUGCGUUGUACCAAAGACACCAGGGAGGCCUCCAAUCGUCGGAAUUCUUACGAGGCAUGAUUUCAUGCCGGAGCACAUAUCAGGGCUUUAUCCGCAUUGCAAAACCCACAAGUAAAGCAAACACAGAGCAAUGAGAUCAAUUGCUGCCUUCCCCAUUCAUUUUUAUUGUGCCAUUGUCAAAAUGCUGUUGCUUUGUUGUUGCCCUUUUGAAUUUCUGGAGUUCUUUUGUAUGUACCAUAAUGUAUUUUGUGGAUUAACAGUGAAAAUUCUAUAUGCCUCCUUUGCAAAAACUGUGCAGUAUGGUUAAAUCCAAGUUUAGCCUUGAUCAUCAA